UUUUUUGUUGGACCCCCUGGACCUCCGACCAAUGAGGUGAUGACACAUGCAUGCGUGCAUAUAAACUUCUAAAGAGUGGGUUUCAAACCUGGGUGGCACUAUGUAACUCAAUCCAUUGUAGGGCUAUUGGUAGAUUCUUUUUCUUUUAGAAUAGAUUCUGAGAUAGAGGAGACUUUAAGGAGAUUUUGUCGAGAUGAGGACUUGCAAAAGUCGACUAGUCGCAGAAGUAAGGUCUCAGACUCGCAGAAGAAAGUAUCCCGAGGUUUCGCCGCUUUGAUGAAACAAGUUGUUUCAAAAUCUCGCAAAAAUUCUGCGUGGUUUUUCUCUAAAAACUCGGAAGGUUCCGCCAGAAAGAGUUUGGGAUUAAAUCGUUUGGUCUUUGGAAGUUCCCUGAUUGGUUUGAGAACCUGAUUGAAGAAGACCAGAAUUUUGGAAUACACGUGGAUCUUCGGAUCCAGUGUUUGAAGUUAUUCUAGUGUCUUUUAGGGAUGGGAUUCCACAGUUCAUACAGAGACGUUGUUGAGUAUGUGGCUUGACUGACUUCAAGGUGACUCAAGUCUCGAUUGAGCAGUCAUUUUUUAGAGUCACGGGUCCUGCUUUAGCACCCUUUCACAUUUGCAACUGUAGAGGGCGGUUUGUGACCUUCCAAUUUUCCAGUGAAACCGGGGACCGAAAGGUCGUGAGAGAUAGCAAAAAGAUGCAUCCAUUUCUAGGCUAAUUCAGUGUCUUGUGGAUGCUCUAUCUAUGAGGUAGUUAGACACGCCCUUUGGGGGAUCUCUUGGGUCUUUUAAAAGGACUCAAUCAAAGGGCACAAACAAAUGAAGGGAAAGCCUGCUGUUUGUUUUUCUGAGGUUGGGUUUUGAGAUGAGAGUAGGAUACACACGUUGAAGAAAUCCAUUGUCUAGAGAGAGUGGAGUGAUCUCAAAUAGUUUUCUAUUUUCAUAUUUCUAACUUGACUUAUAUAUAUUCUAAUUUAUAUAGUUUUUCGAAUAAAAUAAAAGUAGAAGUCUUUCUCAUUUGCUGCCACUCAACAACAGCCGGUCUCAGCUCUGCACAUUCCUAGAAAUUUUUUCUUUAUUUCAGCUAAAAAUUGUUAUCAUCUGGUAUGAGAGCCCAGGUUGUGAAGAUAUGGUAGUGAUACAAUCUUCUGGAUCUAUGGUUGCUGAUAUGAUUACUGCAUUAACGCAUACGAUUGUCAAGCAUCGCAAGAUUUUUCCUCGAAAUGUAGAUGUUUGGAAGAUGAGAAUGCAGUUCCUUCUCAAAGAACAGGAUCUUUUUUUUUCAUUCUUGAGAAAAGAUAAGCCCGCGGAUCUGGCGCUAAUGGCAGUCAAGGAUAAGGUACUAGUUUCAGUGGGAGACUCCACCGAGAAUGUAUGAGUCAAUGACAAUGGUAAACAUGAAGUUUCUUCGGCAACGGUUCUUUCCAAGCAAGAUGCAAGAGGGGACGAGCCUGUCUCAGCACUCAGACAAGAUGGAGAAGAUGAUCAAAGAAUUGGUAGCAGUGAGAGUCAUUUUGACUGAUCGUGAUCAGUGACCGGGAAGUCUACUGAAGUCGUUUGAGUCUUUGACAACCACUCUCUCCCGUGAAACUCCUCCUUUAACUAUUGAUUGAUCCGACCAUUUUCUUUAGGCAGAAGCUGAAAAGAGAUUUAAACAGCAGUCAUUAAAAACUAAUGCUGCUAAAAAAAGAAGAAGAAGCACAAAGUGAGUGCAGAAGGACCUGAAAAACAUAGAGUGUUGGUCCUCCAAGAAGAAAGGUCACUUGAGUUUUGAGUGCUCAUGAAAGAAGGGCAAAGGGAAAAAGCCAUGAUGAUCAGGAAAAGGUAGUCUUGGUCACUACUAUGGCCCUGUUUGCCAACAUUUCAGAUAGUUGGUGGAUCGGGUCCUCGCAUCAUAUUUUCUUCCGAAAGGAAGAAUUAUGUGCAAAUAUGAUUGAAGAACUAGGUUCUUCAUAUAUGGGCAAUGGCACUUCGACUGGUUUCAGAGGCCGAGGGAAUGUGUAAUUGCUGUUUGAAAACGGAAAGUCAGAAAGAAGGGGUAUCCAAUGUUGAUUUUCUUUUUGUACCUGAAGAGAACCUACUCUCGAUGAGAAGAGUCUUGACUUGAGAUUCUAUUAGUAAAUAGCGCGCUACUUCUAGCAGCUUGCUUCCAAGCUUGACUAAUAGGACUUUCUAGAGAGAGGUGAAUAAGGGGGGAGACCAAUCCCAUUGUGUGGAAAGAUUCUUCUGUCAGCUGAUUCACCAGGGUUCACUAGGAAUUUUUGAAUUGGAUCCAAGAAGAUAGGAUCAUCGAUCUGUUCUGCCAGUAAAUCCAAUACUAACUUAUGAUCUACUUGUUCUUAUCUCCAUAGAAAGCGAAGCACUUUCGGACGUCAGCAUGUACUAAUCGCUCCCCCGCACUCCACCCCCCACCCCUAUUUGAGUAAGGCUGGAAGGAAUUGGCAGAAUUUUGUUAGGUCCCAAUGAGGGGGGACCGGGUCAUGCGACGGAUGCAAGCUAGACUUUGAAGCAAAAAAUCCAAGAUUUCAUAGAAGAAGGAAAAAUCAACGUGGCGGAUGAACAGGAAGCUCCUAAGAAGCCCAACGAGAAAAUGGGAGUUUUUAAGAACUCGCUCUCUAGUCACGCUCUGGUCUCAACAUGCUGGGCCGAGGAAGUGUCCGAUUUCCAACAUCCCCCUACCAUCACUACAAUGAAUGCUUUUAAUACUAUAUUGCUUUGUGAGUAAGAUCCGGAUCAUCAUGACCCCUACGUUCCGGCUUCCAAAGGCGAUCCUAAGGGAAGAAUAAUUUGGAAUAAAAGGGAGUUGGCUGCAAGAAGAACAACGAGAGGAAGCUCCACCGAAAGAAGAAGAGAAAAUAAGACUCGAGUUUCUGGAAAUGUUUCAACAGGGAGGGAAGAGGAAAAUUCAAAAAAAGAGAGAAAAGAGAAAGAAAAGAAGAAGAUUGAAUGGAUUAUCCCGAACCUGCCUCCGCCGCCGUCGCACGAACCAUUUAUGAUGGCCGCGUCUGGGUGGAUUGUGGUGCUACCAUUCCUUUAGGAUACCUUUCGGCUUCAGUAAAAACUCUUCCCCCUUAGUCUAAAUAUUGAGUUGGUACGCUAACUCAACUUUGAGUAUGGAAUUUACUUUGUUGGUUGAGUGGAGUUACGGUAGUUCAAUCUAUAAAGGAAGGACAAUCGAUCGCACUUGGCGCAGAACCACCUAAGGGUGGCUCUUUACUCCCUCAAGACUUGCUUCUUAUUUUUCUUUCACCCUUCACUUCAUCCCCUUUUCUAUCAAUAGGGAGCUACGACAAAGUCUGCUCCAGAAAGAAAAGAAGUCAGCAGGUCCUUUUCCGCUUAAUCGCUAACUCAUGAGCAAAGCCGCCUUCGGUCCUUCGCUUAGUAAGCCCCUCUUCGAGCCUCUCCUGAAUUCCGCUCGCCCCGGUCCUUAGUAGCGUUGACAAAGGCAACCUUUGGAUGUUGUUGUGACGCUUUGGUUAGGCUCGGUUGACAAAGGCAACGACACAAGCAAGGAGUUGACAAAGGGGAACAGCCCCCCUGUUGUUGAUAGAGAGCUUACCGCCCCGUCCUUUAUAGUCGCUACUGUUGUCAUGGAAAAAGAGUUUGUUUUCUGUCAAAGAAGCAUGCUUAACACAGCCUAUAGCGUAAAGGCAUUCGAGCCGCGUCUAAACGAAAUGUUGGGUAAGGGCCCGUACUCUCUCUUCUGUAGAUAGGCUAUCCCUUCAGGCUAUGGUAUGGGGGAAGGGAAGUGAGAUCUACCGAUUGAUUUGAUAUUAGAUGAGCGGCCGUACUAUGAUCGUUCGGGAGACAUGGCCCAUUCAAAUCAAAAUAGAACGAGCAUCUCCGACUAAGGGGAAUGGAAUGUCGACCACAGGGUGAGAUGCUCUUUUAAUACGAAGCCGAGUGACUGGUCAAGUCAUGAAACUUAGUCAUUUUGAUCAACAUGGCUGCAAGUGGACUGGGUUUAUGUGUUUGAACUGACUACGACCAAAGUCGUGGCUACUUCAACCAAAAAAAGGGCUACCCCCUAUUCAAAUCAAAAGAAGAACCUCCCCUCACUUACGAAGAAGUAGUUGGAGCUGGGCUCCGAACUAUGAGAGUUUGCUUUUGUUUUCUAUUUCUAAGAGCGGUCCAUGAUCAGACCGCUCCUGGUGUUCUAACUAGUCAUUAAUGGUCGGCUUCAUUGGUAUCCUUUCGGUAUGCGUUGCGAACACUUUCAUUUUUAGCGUCUCAUCUUCUCUAGAGAAGCGAAACUCGAACGGAUAGAGCAGAUGGUCCAACUACAUAACUUUUUCUUUUUCAUUACUUCCAUGGUCGUGCCUCGUGGCACGGCAGCACCCGUACUAUUGAAAUGGUUCGUCAGUAGAGAUGUUCCCACAGGUGCCCCUUCUUCCAAUGGAACUAUAAUUCCUAUUCCUAUCCCUUCAUUCCCUCUUUUGGUCUAUCUACAUUCCAGGAAAUUCAUACGCUCCAUGGACGGAGAAAAAAGUGGAGUCUUGGUCAGAGCAAGCCACCCUAUUCUAUUACCAGACAUAAUUGGGAGAAGCUCAUCUGAAACUAGAGCUAGAAAGGCCUCAUUUCGUUUCGUUCCCGUUUUUAUUUUCCUUCUUCUCGAAUCCAAGGGGGACUUCUCAUAUUUAGAAUCUUUCUGCGGUGUGCUCCGUUUACUAUUCUUUCGUACUCUCUUCUCUUUACCACGCGAUAGGUCAGCGAAGCGUGAGCGGGCGCGGAGAAGGAAAGGCCAAAGACUUCGGCCUAAGAGAAAUGAGCAACGACGAAAUGACAAAAUGAGGUGCUCCGGGCACUCCCAUUUAGAAAGAAGUGUCGAAGGUUUUGGGCCUGUAGCUUUUCCCGUCCCCCCUUCAUCGGGUGGUGCUUGUGUGGGGGGUGUGCCACCAGAAAUCGGGCUUGAAGCUCUCGCCUUACCAACGAGCCGACAGCUGAUGGCUGUUGGUCACGACUACUACCAAAAAGCUCCAAUGAAGAUGAAUAUUUCACAUGUAGGAGUGUGCAUCUGUAUGUUGGGUGUUCUUCUGUCGUGCGACCCGGCGGCUUAUGUGCGACCUGUGGCCCACGCCUCCUAUUUGUUCCGGGCGGGCGGCGUGAACUCUGAUUCUAUCCGGGUAUUCAAUCCCGCCGCUGAGAUGCUCAGUUGACUCCUUAACCUUGAUAGGAAUAUGGCUUAUUAAAAAAUUCGUGCAUAAGGCUAAGGAACUUUGGAUGAACUAAUGCGAAUGGGUGUAAGCCUCGCUGCUCGGAAACACCCAGUGCUGACCACACUGAGAGACACGAAAGCGCAGGUAACGCCAGUUGGCGAAGUGGCGUUAAGCAUCCCUAGCGGUACGAAAAGAGAGGUCGUGAUGAUAUCAUCUACGUCCGUACCGCUCCUCGUGGAGUAGAUCCCGCAUCCAACCAAGUCUUUGACCAGGGAACGGGAGAAUUCCCACUACCGCUGGCAGGCCAGCCGGGCCGUGAGCGCGGUGGGAACGGGCUUCCCAAAAAGCCAGCCCGGGCCGGGGUCAGCAUAGAAUGAAGGGGACGGCCCUAAUGUUGUGUUGGCUUUGCCAACUUCUUGGCUUUCGGGCGGAGAAGAGCGGACGUGGGGACUCGGGUCAGGGUGCAGCGUAACUAAGAGAGCCAUUCCAUUUAGGUAGGGCAAGACAGAAUGGGCGGGCACGAGCGGUCUGGUGUCCGAGCCAAUUGGUCAGACCACGACUACUUCGCUUAUUAGAUUAUUAUUAACCGCCUAUCCCGGAAUGGAAUGG